UUUUGUUUAUGCUGGUGUCUCUGACCGUCAUUGAAGAUGGAGACGCUUUACCAUCAGACCAAUAAACAAAUUCAGGAGGUUCAGUCUCAGAUGGGACGCCUUGAGAAAACAGACCGACAGUCAGUCCACUUACUGGAAAAUGAGCUUCAAGCCAGAAUUGAUCAGAUCUUUAAUCAGCUGGAGCGCCUGGAGAUUCUUGCCAGUAAAGAGCCACCAAACCGCCGCCAAAAUGCCAAACUCCGUGUUGAUCAGUUAAAGUACGAUGUGCAGCAUCUUCAGACAGCCUUGAGGAACUUCCAGCACAGAAGAUACGCUCACGAGGCUCAGGAAAGAGAACGAGAGGAGCUCUUGAGUCGAAGUUUCACAACAAAUGACGCAGACACCUCAAUCCCUAUCGAUGAGACUUUACAGUUCAAUAGCAGUCUACAAAACGCUCACAGAGGAAUGGAUGAUCUGUUGGGUUCGGGCUCCAGCAUCCUGAAUGGCCUGAGAGACCAGAGGAGCACACUUAAGGGCACACAUAAAAAGAUGUUGGAUGUGGCGAACAUGUUGGGUUUGUCGAACACGGUCAUGCGUUUGAUUGAGAAGCGAGCGUCACAGGACAAAUUCAUCAUGAUGGCUGGAAUGCUGGCUACUUGUGUGGUCAUGUUUCUGGUGGUGAAAUACCUUAGCUGAACUUUUUCAGUUUUCUCUGAUUCUGUCUCUUGAUGGUGUCUGCAACUCAUUCCGGUUUUCGUGGCACGUGCAUCCCAUCUGUGAAAAAAAUGUACAGGUUUAAAGAAAAAUCACACAACUGCCUAUUGCAGGUGAACUGCCAGAUCGUCUUCACAAAUCUUUAGCAUCUGUCUUAAAAAAAAAACAUUGAAUCCUUUCAUAACUUUCCUCUCGGAUUCUCAGAUUUGUGUGACUGCUAUUUAUGUUGGAGUCUCUGCUAAUCUAUAAACAUCAGCCUAGCCGCUAGGUGUGGCUGUUACUAGAAUAGCAGCAGCGCUAAUAGUCAUUAUUAAUAGAAUAUUAAAAGACAAUUGUUAAACUAGAGCAGGGGUGCUCAAUCCUGUUCCCGGAGAGCUACAUUACCUUCCUGCAGUAUUCAGCUCCAACCUUGAUCAAACACACCUGAACCAAUUAAUUAGGACCUGAAAAGCACUUGAUAAUUACAGGCAGGUGUGUUGGAUAAGGGUUGCAACUUAAACGGGCUUGAGCACCCCUGGACUAGAGUAUUGGUUUGUCAUUUGGCUCUACAUCGCCACCUUUUGGACAGCAAAAAUGCUUUUUUGUACUGUGUUGUUCACGACUCUCUUCUAAGCUGUACAUACAGAUUUAUUGGAAAUGCUGUGCAAUAAAGUCAAACACACACACAUA